GGGGGUGUCGGGACCGGGCUCAUGUACUGCGCCAGAGUAUUAGACUAUUUUCCUCACAAACAAGCAAUGGCUGUGGAUGUAGCAAUGCAGCUAUACCUAUGCUCUUCACCCUUGCGGAGAGAGAAGUGUGCCUGCAAAAUUGCUCCGAAGCCAAGCAAGCCGUUGCGGCCCUGCAUCCAGCUGAGUAGCAAGACUGCGCUGAAUGGACCAGAAGAAGCAGCAAACUCCUUCACACACAACAAAGUGAAGAAGAGGGUGUCAUUUGCAGACAGCAGAGGCUUUGCUCUGACGAUGGUGAAGGUGUUCUCAGAGUUUGAUGAUCCACUAGAUAUUCCUUUCAACAUCACCGAGCUGAUAGACAACAUUGUGGGCCUGACAACAGUGGAGAGGGACAGCUUUGUCCUGGAUUUUGUUCAGCCCUCUGUGGACUACCUGGACUUCAGAAACCGCCUCCAGGCAGACUGUGUCUGCCUGGAAAACUGUAUGCUAAAGGAGCGAUCCAUUGUGGGAACAGUGAAGGUGAAGAACCUCGCUUUUGAAAAGACUGUGAAGAUCAGGAUGACGUUUGACACCUGGAAAAACUUUGUAGAUUACCCAUGCCAGUAUGUCAAGGAUACGUACGGAGGGUCAGAUCGGGACACGUUUUCCUUUGACAUCAGCUUGCCCGAGGGAAUUCAAUCCCAUGAAAGAGUUGAGUUUGCCAUCUCCUUUGAGUGCAAUGGGAAGGUGUACUGGGACAGCAACAGGGGCACAAAUUACAGAAUCAUACGGUCAGAACUGAAGUCUGCCCAGGAAGCUGCCCGCCCCCCACGGGGCCCUGACUUCAGCAGUGCCUUUGACCAGUUUGGGAGCCCUCGGUGCUCCUAUGGCCUCUUUCCUGAGUGGCCCAGCUAUUCGGGCUACGAGAAGCUAGGGCCUUACUACUGACCCAAGGACAAAGUCCUGAUUGACUAACUGUUGCUGGUGUGUCUGCAGGCCUGGGAGCUGGUCUGAACAUGAGGCAUACGGAAAGGUGGAAGAAGUAUGGCUCCAUGUAGCUCUGCAUAAGCCUCCCAGCAAAACCAGAUGUGCUCUGCUGGCCAUGGGCUUAUAGUCAGGGAAGCAUCUCUGGUGUAAAGGGCUGCCUUCCCUGCCUCAGCUCAGAUAACUGGCUCUCCGGAUGCUCAAAGGACCAGGAGCUGUUGCUCGUGUGUCUCUUCAGUGCUGCUACUCCUUCCUCUUCUGUAAAGCUGCUAGUCUCCAGGGAAACACUACAGUGCUUAUAUCAUCUGUCCAAGCUAUGUAGUGGUGGCUGGUUUGUAUUGCUUGCCUAGUGUUAAAAGGCUUUUUCAAAAUAUGUUCUAGUAUUAUAUUUUUAGUGGGCUGUACUUCAGCUGCAGGGUUCUUCUUGCAAAGCUGGCCUGUGCCUGUUGGGUAAUAGAGUGGUUGGCUUGCGGGGAACAGUCUCCUCUCCUUGCAUGUGUCCUUGUAGUGUGAGGUCCUUCCUACUGGAGGCAGAAAGGGUGUUUUGGAAAUGAAAAUGCAACUGUGAUGACAGGAAAUGUGGCCCUACAGCCUGCCAUAUUAGGAGAUGUAUGUGCCCAUGGGAGAGGAUCUGAUAUGCUUAGUCACCAGUUGUUUUAUCAGCUGAUCUUGAAAAACUCAUUAUACCCUUGGUGUUACCAAAAAUAGAGAUUAGCUGUAGCUGUGUGGUGCUUGUAACACAGCUGUGGGUUGACAGCCUUGACUGCCUUCUUCAAAACCUUCCUGUUUCUUUAAUCACAAGUGAUAGAUGAUGCUUUUUCUCCUUGAUGGACAUCUGAAGUCAGCUGUUGGCUGUGCUGGGCCCUGAAAAUGCAGUUCUUCCUCCUGUGGACUGUAAAACAGGGUUUUGUCCAGCCAUAUGUGCAGGAGGCUGUGCUUAGGUGUUACAGGAGCUAAACACAGAUGGACCACAUGGCUACUCUGUGCUGUGUCCUGUUACAAGAAGGUGACUGUUGUGUACCUACUGUGGUGGAAGUGCCUUGACUGAGAAAGGGGUGGUUAUGUGCAACCCCAGCAAUGCUUUGGGAUAAACAGGCUUUGGAAAUGAUGUUGCUUUUAAAAAAGAUUUCCUAAUGGUUUAUUACUCCGUGCCAUGGACUGCUUGGCAGCUAAUGGUGUGGCACUGCUCACAUGUGAGGAUGCUGUGGCCAUACUGGAUGAACAUCAACAUGUUGGGCUUCCCUUGCUGUUGUAGCAGUAGCUGCCAUUUCAGCUUGUAAAUGCCCAAACUUUGCAUCUCUGUGUCUGCAAGAAGUGGCUCACCCCACCUGUGCAAAGAACUAGCUGUGAGGAGUGAGAGAUGUGGGGUUAUCAUGACACCACCACUGGAUGUGAAACAAAUCAUGGAUGUGAGCCAUCCCUAUCUUCAAAGAGGUGGCACGUCUUCUGGGCCUGUGCUGAGGUGAGGUGGCCAGUUUGUGCAGUGCCGAACAGCCUCACAAAGCUUCUUGCAUGCUAGUUGAGCAGAAUAACUUAAUCCCUCAGCUCAAAGGGAGAGUGCUGAAUAGUUUGUAGAAAUAGAGGUCAAGGGAAUCUUUACUUUUUCUAGUGCAUAAGCUUUAUAUGAUUUUUUUGGGUGCCUAUAGUAGCCUAUGGAUGGGCUGGAGAGAAGCAAUGGGCUAGACUACUUAACUUUUUAAACGUAGCUUUUAAUUCUGGAGACUACUGUAUAAAAUACUUACAAGCUGUUUUACCCUAACUAGAAGGGAUACUAUGAUCACUGUUGGAUGCUGAAAGGGACAAGAGCUUGCAGGAAGAAUAGCUAGCCUUCAACUGCUGCUUUUUCAAAACCCAACAUCAAUGCAUGUCAUCACUGUGCUUGAUCACUUAGUUGAGGUGGUAAAUCUACGUGCUAGCCCAGAGCUCAUCAGGCUUGGUUCCUCUGUUCAAACAGCUUCCUGAGUCAGCCCUUAUAACCUGCAUCUGGUCUCCCUUGAAGGGACUGUUGCCUAGCUUGGCUUGAACCUGGUUUUAAACUUAAGGCAAGUCUGAGUGACACUUUUUUUUAUUUAGUAUAUGGUGUUAAUGCUGUAAGACACUGACUGUAGGAAAGUCAUGUUCUCCUGGCAUGCUGUCAUGCCUAUGGAGAGCUGUUUGUGGGCCGAAACAAGGCAUGUAUGUCUGGGGUGCUGCGGAUGGUGGUAUCUCCUUACGGGCCUGUUUGUUUUCAGGCUGUGGAUGGGGUGUGCUUAGGGAGGAACGUGGAAGAUAAGCUAGAAGAGCAAUGCCAUAAGUAAAAGCUAGGCUGGGAACCAACUAUUUGACCAAUAGUGGUUUAAAAAUACUACUUGUGGCCUUUCCCCUUUUCCCUUUUUCCAUUGCCAAUGUGAACAUAGAAGUGAGGGGUUGCUCUCCUUGCUCUAUGCCUGGAAGUGCCUUGUGGGGUGUUUUGCAUGUUUGUUUUUAAAGGAUAUUUUUGUACACAACAUUCAAGUGGAAAUGCACUUUAUAAUUGCCACGUAAUGACUCUUUUAAAACUAUGGUUCUGUUUUUAUCUGAUUGUUAAAAUAAAGGUGGAACAAAAUGUUG